AUGGGACAUGGGCGGAACUCUUCAAAAUCCACGCCAAGUCCCACAUUGGAGUCCGGGAAAGAAAAGGUGUCCAAAACAGAUGCUGAAAAAGAGUUAUGGUCGACUCUUGAUGCCACGGUUCUUCAAUGGAUUUAUGCUACCAUCUCUACCGACCUAUUGCAUACUAUCCUUGAACCCGACUCCACGGCCAUGGAAGCUUGGAAUAGGCUGCGUGACAUAUUCCAAGACAACAAAAAUUCUCGAGCUGUCACUCUUGAGCAUGAAUUUUCUCACACUAAUAUGGAGGAUUUUCCUAAUACUUCCGCGUAUUGCCAACGACUCAAGAUUCUAUCUGAUCAACUCAAGAACGUCGGUGCUCCAGUCUCCAAUAACCGCCUCGUCCUUCAAAUGCUUUCCACUGGAUCCACUAAUGACAUGAUUGCUUGGGAUUCCGACGAUAAUCCUUCUUCUGGAAAUAACCACCCAAACCGUCAGAAUAACAGUGGUAAAAAACAUCAAAACCGCAGCAACAAUGGUGGAAAGAACAGUGGCAGAGGCGGUGGCAAUAGGGGCAACAACAACCGAAACAGUGGUGGUUUCGGUGGUGGACGCGGCAGCUGGCAGCAGCACCACAACCAGUAG